AUGAGCACUCCCGCUUGCCACUCUGUAUUCACUUCCAGGCAGCAACAGGAUGUACAACUUCGAUUCAUCAAGGACUCAGGCGUCUGUGAAACCACACCAGGUGUUGGGCAGAUGUCAGGAUAUAUCGACGUCGGGAAGAACAUGUCCAUGUGGUUCUGGUUCUUUGAAGCUCGCGAAUCACCGGAGACCGCACCUUUCACUUUAUGGUUGAACGGAGGACCAGGGUGCUCGUCUAUGAUCGGAUUAUUCCAAGAGAACGGGCCAUGCAAUGUCAACGCAGAUAGGACAACUACAACCCUCAACCCUUUCAGCUGGAAUAACCUCAGUAACAUGAUAUAUAUUGAUCAGCCCAUUGGCACCGGAUUUUCGCAUGGAGUGGAUACCGUCAAUAGCACCCUGUCAGCUGCACCGCCAGUCUGGACUGCGUUUCAGAUACUCUUUGAAAGCGGAGAGUUCUCUAAGUUCAAGAAGAGGGAGUUCAUUAUUGCCACAGAGAGCUAUGGCGGCCAUUAUGGCCCCGCUUUCGUAACAUUCUUUAACGAGCAAAACGCCAAAAUACGCAGCGGCCAAAUACAAGGCGAAGAAAUCAACGUCAGCGCUCUUAUGAUCAAUAAUGGCUGGUACGACCCACUAAUCCAGAACCAAGCGUACGUCGACUUCGCAACUAAUGCCCCUGGAUAUGGGCAGCUUCAAAGUGAUACGGUGAUUGCUCAACUAAACGAUGCGUUCUUCCGCCGUGGAGGCUGCAAGGAUCAGGAAGAAGCUUGUUUCGCUGCUGGUGACGGCCCUACGUCUGACAGGAUAUGCCGCACCGCCGACAAUUUCUGUGUCGAAAAUGUCUUCGCUCCAGCAGUCGGUGACAGGGAUUCAGACGACCUGCGACAGACAUCGCCUGCGUCUUUCCCGCCGAGCUUUUAUAUCAACUUCCUCAGGCUACCAGAGAUUGUGAAUAGAAUUGGUGCCGAAGCCACCUAUUCUCAGUGCCCCGAUGCACCGUUUGAGCUAUUCGCCAGGACUGGAGACGACGCAAGGACGCUUCUACCGCAACUUGCUGCCCUUGCUAACUCGGGGAUGAAGAUUCUUAUAUGGGCAGGAGACGCAGAUAUAAAUUGUAAUUGGCUUGGUGGGCAUGCAUCUGUACUCGCCAUGGAUUGGUUUGGGAAGGAGCGUUUGAACAAUACUCCGUUCACGAAUAUGACGAUUGACGGGGAAGCCGUGGCGGCAAUUCAGAACGUGGACAAUUUCUCGUUUGCGCGAGUCUUCCAAGCAGGCCACGAAGUGCCCGCGUUCCAACCAGCAGCGUCCCUCGAAAUAUUCAAGCAAAUCAUCAAUAUGGAGCAACUACACUCGGUAUAA